AUGCCUGUGCACGACAGCACCUACACCGAGAACGAUCGAAUUGCUAUAAUCAGCGAGAAUAUGGAGAAAGCGACUAUCAACGGCCUGAGCAAUGAUUCGAGUACUGGAAAAAGGAAGACUCCUUUGACUAGGAAGCAAUCUUCUCCUAUGAUGCCACCGUUUAUGGUAUCAGCUCCAGGAAAGGUUAUUGUAUUUGGAGAGCACGCGGUCGUGCAUGGAAAACCUGCGAUUGCUGCCGCGAUUUCACUCCGAUCAUAUCUUCUAGUUACAUCCCUUUCAAAAUCGAAGCGCACGAUUUCCCUUCGUUUUCCCGACAUUAAUCUCUCACAUACUUGGAAUAUCGAUGACCUGCCAUGGAGCACCUUUUCGCACCCGUCGAAGAAGAAGCACUAUUAUGAUGAGGUCACAUCUUUAGAUCCAGAAUUGGUCGCAGCCAUGAAACCACAUCUUGAGAACAUUUCUCCUGAGGAAUCACCCGCCAUACGAAAGAUACACCAGAGCUCUGCCUCGUCAUUUUUAUACAUAUUUUUAUCACUCGGUUCACAAUCAUUCCCGGGUUGUUUAUAUACACUUCGCUCAACAAUUCCAAUUGGUGCAGGUCUUGGUAGUAGUGCCUCGAUAUCUGUCUGUCUUUCGUCCGCACUUUUGUUGCAGAUUCGCACAUUAUCCGGACCACAUCCGGAUCAACCAUCUAAUGAGGCAAGCUUACAACUUGAGAGAAUCAAUCGUUGGGCAUUUGUGGGUGAAAUGUGCAUACAUGGAAAUCCGUCUGGGGUCGAUAAUACAGUCUCGACGCAAGGAAAAGCAGUGAUCUAUCAAAAAUUCUCUGAUGGACCCACUGUGAAGCCAUUGAGAAAUUUCCCAGAACUCCCUCUGCUGCUUGUAGACACGCAGCAAGCAAAAUCUACGGCUCAUGAGGUUGCUAAAGUGGGGUUGUUAAAGCAGAAGCACCCAGCUAUUGUAGAUUCGAUAUUGAAUGCUAUUGAUAUGGUUGGUCAAUCAGCCGCGGCCAUGAUUUCAGAUCCAGAGUACGAUAGCAAAGAUCUUGAGUGCGUUGAGAGCCUGGGAAAAUUGAUGACAGUCAACCAUGGACUUCUAGUUUCUUUAGGAGUAUCUCACCCUCGUCUGGAGCGCAUUCGGGAACUUGUCGACCAUGAAGGAAUUGGCUGGACUAAGCUUACUGGUGCCGGAGGGGGAGGGUGCUCUAUUACAUUAUUGAAGCCGGAUACUACACAUGAGAGAAUGGCACGUUUAGAGGAAACAUUGGAGACUGAAGGCUACAAAAAAUUCGAGACUACACUAGGUUGUGAUGGAGUGGGUGUUUUAUGGCCCGCAGUGAUCAAGAAUGGAGAAGAUGAUGAUUUUGGGGGAGAUGAAAUCGACCAAGAAAAAUUCCUCAACGCUGAAGGUAUAGAAGGAGUUGAGGAAUUGGUUGGAGUUCAUGGACAAAGUGGUGAUAGGGAAGCAUGGAAGUUCUGGAAGGUUGAAGAUUAG